CCUCAGACACACAGCAGCCCCGCACACACACGCACACACCAUGCGUACCUGUCUGGACUUAUUCAAUCACCCCGUGCUGGAUUUUACUCACGCUUCUGGCUGAUAGAGCAACACAGCCAGUUCUCUUAAAGGAUAUUCCCCUUUUGCUGAAAUAGCUGUAUAUGUGUGUGUGUUUAUUUGUUUAUUUUUUCGGUCUUGUUUUGUUUCAUUCAACUUUGAAGGCUGAGCGCGCUCCGAGAAAAGGAUUUAGAGGAGGAGGCCGUGCCAUGACAGUUGACUUUUGAGUGUACGUCUGCACCAAGAAACCCGACAUCCCCACUGAGUUUCUGUCCCAUCUGAGCCGGAGCCUGUCUGUCAUCAUGAGGACCAGCUCCCAUGUUCUGCCUCUCGGUGUGCUGACUGCUCUGCUGCUGUCUCAGCUCUGCUCUGGCAUCAAAUGGCUAGCACUGUCGCAUACACCUGCAUCGUUACACAUCAACCAGACCCAGCACUGUAAGCUGCUACCUGGCCUGGUGUCCUCUCAAGCCCAGCUAUGUCGCACCAACCUGGAGCUUAUGCAGACCAUCAUCCAAGCUGCCCGAGAAGUCAAGAAAACCUGCCAGAAGACAUUUGCUGAUAUGCGCUGGAACUGCUCCUCCAUCGACAUCCCCAUUGAUGCACCAAAGUAUCGUCCAGACCUUGACAGAGGAACGAGGGAGACAGCGUUCGUCUACGCCCUGUCAGCAGCAGCUAUCAGCCACACCAUAGCACGGGCGUGCACGUCAGGGGACUUGAGGUUGUGCUCAUGCGGUCCCAUCCCUGGGGAAAUCCCAGAGCCCGGCUACCGCUGGGGGGGCUGCGGUGACAACCUGCACUAUGGGCUGGUCAUGGGCUCCAAAUUCUCCGAUGCCCCCAUGAAGAUGAAGAGGUCAGGGUCCCAUGCCAACAAGCUGAUGCACCUCCACAACAGUGAAGUCGGGAGGCAGGCCUUGAGAGACGCGCUGGUCAUGAAGUGCAAAUGCCACGGUGUGUCUGGCUCCUGCUCCAUAAGGACCUGCUGGAGAGGCCUGCAAGACUUGAGGGAUAUCGCCAUGGACCUGAAGACCAAGUAUCUGUCUGCCACCAAGGUGGUUCACCGACCCAUGGGGACUCGCAAGCAACUGGUGCCCAAAGACAUUGACAUCAGGCCAGUGAGGGAGAACGAGCUGGUCUACCUGCAGAGCUCCGCAGACUUCUGCCUCAAGAACGAGAAACUCGGCUCCGCCGGCACACAGGACAGGCAGUGCAACAAAACGUCCGUCGGCAGUGACAGCUGUGACUUGAUGUGCUGCGGCCGUGGCUACAACCCCUACACGGAGAAGCUGGUGGAGCGCUGCCAUUGCAAGUACCACUGGUGUUGCUACGUCACCUGUAAGAAGUGUGAGCGGAUGGUUGAGAGAUACGUCUGCAAAUGAGCCUCCGCCUCCCAGCGGCCCCCUACCCUUACCCAGCCACCCGGGGCUACAGAUAACCAAAGCACUACAGUACCAAGAAGGCUUACUUUUGUCUUAAGCUUUAGCAUGUGUAUUUCAACAAGACGCAGUCUUUUCUUGUGUCAUUAUCAUUUUUUUAAGUGAAUCUCUGAACUGCCACUUGGACUUUUUCUGCUUCUUUAUUCGCCUCACGAGUCUGAAUGUGGGGUGUUGUGAGAACGCCAGUCGGUUUACGCAAAGACCGCCGUCCUCCUGGGUUUUUUCCUUUGUUCUUUUUAAUGAGCAUACAUUCACCCUACUGGGAUAUUGAAAGUCUAUUUUUAUUAUAUCUUUAUUAAAAGAAAUGCUAUUGGAUUUUAUUCUGGAGGAGAGGGACUCUGCUGUCUCCUCACUAGACAGAGACCAGUGUCUUGGCUUCAGUACCAUUCCACGGGAUGCAGAGGGUUCGGAUGGAUCCAUGAAUCUCACACGGUACUUUCUUCGGUACACUCGGGACUCCCCCCACCCCCACCCCCCGCCCCCCACCAGAGCGAUGGACGAGAGGAGAAGGAACACAACAAAGGGAACUUCAAGUACUUUUAAAUUGUGGAACAUUUUUGUGGUUGGCGUUUUUUGACUCUCGACAUGUGUCCCGUGCGGAGCUUUACUUAGGUCACGUCUGCACCUCUGUGGAUCUUGAGAAGAAAAAUAAAGAACUGUUUAGUUUGUGAAAUGGUGCAUUAUCUCCAUUAUGUCUGAAAUGCAGGCAGUUAAAAAAAAUCUUCUAUUUUCAGAGCAUAUGAACUGAACUCAUGGAUCUCUUACAAUGCCAUUUUGUAAACCACUUUUGUGUGGAUGUACAUACUGUCUUUUUGUAUACUGAAAUAAAGAAAGAAAUAUUUAUAAAGUAA